GCGAGAGAGGUGACUGUAGAGUGAUGGGACCCGGCUGAGGGAACAGCAGCGAGUGAUCACUCUCCGAGCUGGUAAUGACAGCAGGUAGACAGAUGUGAAGGAUGACUUCUUGCGCAGAGAUCUGUGGCUCGGAGUAUGGUGAGCAAGCUCAAGUCAGUGGGAACUACCAGCAGUAUGGAGUCCGCUCUUACCUACACCAGUUUUAUGAGGAGUGCACAGCUUCUAUCUGGGAACGUGAUGAAGAUUUUCAGAUUCAGAGAUCGCCUAGCAGGUGGAGCUCUUUACUCUGGAAGGUCUGUCUCGCGUUUGGCACCCUGAUCUUGUUUACGGGCCUCAUCGUUGUUUUGGUGGGUUAUGCCACUCCAGCCAGGAUUGAGGCAUUUGGCGAGGAUGAUCUCCUCUUUGUUGACAGCCAUGCUGUUAGUUUCAACCGCGCCCUGGAUGUGUGUAAGCUGACUGGUGCUGUGCUGUUCUGUGUGGGGGGCACCUCCAUGGCUGUGGGCCUCCUGCUGUCUGCCUUCGCAAAAAGCUACUCCAAAGAAGAACUGUAUCUGCAGCAGAAGUUUAAGGAGAGGUUGGCCGAUCUGCACGCAACAGUUGGUACCCCCAUAAUGAGAGCACCCACCCCCGGAGACGGAAAGGUGCCAGUCACACUCUCCAAAGUGCAGAACAUCCAGCCAGCGACCACGAAGUCGGAAACCUGACAGAAGUCCAGAUGAAGGCAUCACUCAAAGAAGUGUGUAUGGGGGACUGAGAGCAGGGAGAGAGCAGACUGUGUUUGAGUGCGUACACGUGUGUGUAGGUCGAGCUACGUGUGCAUUUCUUUCUUUCGAAAGGUCAGCUUACAUGGCUGAAAGUAGUGGUUACUUCAUCUUUAUUUGCUGUGUUUGAUUUCAAGGUUAUAUAGGUGCAGAGUUAAUAUAGCUGAACAAAGUUUAAGUCUUUUAUUUAUUUAUUUUAUUGAUUUAAAAAAAAAAAAAACUCAUAGUAACCUAACAAAGCACAUGCAGGUCUUGAGUCCUACCCAGAAAAACAAACCACAGAAACAAAUCAAUAAAACGCAGCUGCUGAACAACACUAUCAUAGUUUCCACAGAUAGGUUUUCUGUAGAGAGGAUUCCCAUUUUGUUAAAAAAUAAAAAUGGAUGGCGUUCCUGCUGCAGGGUGAGGAGCAGCAGAUGCAGUGUUGUUAGAAGCUAUUGGUGAUUGGGCUCCAUUCACAGAAAUGAUCAAAAGAAGCGCUGAACACAGCCACCAUUAUCUCUGGCUAGUGUCUAAAAGGACAUCAGAGGACGAGUGUUUGUAUGUACAGAACACCUUGUGUGUACAUGUACAUUCAGCUCACUGUCAGCCAGAGCUGCCAGUCACAACCACACAACAUGAAGACGUGUGUUUUAGCUUAUGAAUACUUCUUAUGAGUACUGCUUACAUGCAACAAGGACAAGUCUUAACAAAUAGCUUUGCUUCACACAUCAUCAGGACAAAUCAAACACAAACAGAUUAGAACAGACCUUGAGGGGAGAUUUCACCCUGACAUUUCCUCGUGUCUUGUUAGGCCUCUGACCUUGUCCUCUUCAGUAAAUCUGCAGACAGGAUCGAUAGACAAGACCAGACAGACUGAUGAAAAGUACAUUGAACCAGACAGAUCAUGCAGAACAGCACAGUCUGUCGCUUAAUCAAACGGCUUACUUUCUAGAUAAGAUGAAUAAGGCAUUCCUCAUGCCUUCUAUCUUUGAAACUGUUUUUUUUGUUGUUGUUGUUUUCCUAAAGAAUUCAUUGCCUAUGCUCGUUCUUUCUGUGUCUCCUUCUCCUUCUUGUGACAAAAGGAAGCAGGUAGACACACACCUCUUUACUGAAACAAGUACAUUUUUUGCAACAUUGUGAAUCAAACUGUUGUCAGUUACUGGUAAAAAAAAAAAAAAACAACAGAAAGUACAGGUGCUGCGUGUUUAAAAAUGGAGCAGGUGCAAGGGUGCGUGAAGAGAGACAAAUAACAUGACAUAACAGGGGGAUGAAGAACGCGCAGUCAGCUCUCCAGUGAGAUCGCAUCAGCCGCAUCAUCGUGUUUGACAGUGUUCACUGUUUUCAGCGUGUGAUGAUUCACAGAUGCUGAACGAUAUACACUUAGUAAUACUGUAGGAAAGUUGCAUCAUGGAACUUUUUUUUUUUUUUUUUAAGUUGCAUAUUUACUUAUACACUAUAUCUGAAAUAGCUAUUACAUCAGGAAGGUUUUUAUUUGAUACAAGCUUGGCACAAGCUCAAGCUCACAUACAAGCACAAGAAGCUGUUAACAGUUAUGCUGAUAAAACCUUUUUGUCUACAUGUAUCAUGAGUAUAUUUUUAAAUAUUGUGAAAGUACUUUUUGUUUAUCUUUUGAAUUAUUCACACACAGAUACAACACACGGUACCAGUGGUAGUUACUGUCCAAGUGCCAUCAAGCUGCUUGCUGCGCAUCAAUGCAGCAGGUCCUGCCAAGCAGUGUAUUCUCUUCAAAUCCAUGCAGCAACAAUGUUGGAUACUGACUGUAUGAAAUAAUGAAUUGCUGUGCUCGUUAUGUCCAUGUAAGUUGACCUUUUAAUAUAAUUCUCAUGACCUUCGCUCUCCUUCUUUACUGCCUUUCUUCUCUUACUUUGAAAGGUUCUGCAAUGUCAUUUCAACACAUUUUAGUUUCAGAUUCGACACAAACACGUAGCUAUAACUAUGAAGAACAACAUACUAAUAAUUAAGUACAUUUUCAAGGAACUUACUCGAGCACUGUUAAGCUGCAAACCUACAGUACAAGAAGAAAAACCAAGCUCCAAGCUGUAAACAAUCUCUCCAGUGUGGUCAAAACUUCAGUAAGUGGUCAAUAAAUGUGCUGACUUAUAGUUACAUGCUGUGAAUUGUGAUUUUAUUUUUUUAUCCUUCAAUUGACCAAUGUGGAAUUCUUCAUUACAAUCCAAAUUCCAAAAUGGAGAUUUUUCAGCUCUGAAUCUGAAAAAUGCUCCCUCACUUCUGACCUCAUGUCCUCUGGUUCUAUCUUUAAUUGUCUCCUGAUGUAACAGUGGAUACCCCCAGUAAAUAAAAAACAAUUAUACUGUACUUGGAUUGGAUAAAGAACAAAUAUAUAUCACUGUCUAUAUACAGUAUAUGUCUAUUUUUCAAAGAACACAAUAAAACUGAAAUAUUCGCA